GCAGGGUUUGAACCCGGGGUCCAUCGAUGAAUCCGAACGACAUUCCAGCGAGCAAACCGCCGCCAUUCAACUCGGGCCUGCGCAAUGGAACUCACGAAAGACCGAAGUGUUAGCCACUGAGCUAUACAGAGCACUUCUAAAAGUAGAAUGUCUUAUAGUCUAUCGUUUAAACGAACUAAUUCUCUACACAAGGCUUCUCUCCCCUUGGCUUAGUACACAAAACACAAUUAACACGACUAAUUGAUUUGCUAAUUGGGAUUACCGUUUUCAUUGACCAAUGUGUUAUCAUCAGCAAAGAUUAAACGUGAAAGGUUUCCACUUGAUUAUACAAUUAAAAGUACGAGAAAUAACGUGUACAAGAUUCCAUCCAGAGACAAGACUCAAUAGACGAGCGGCUCUGUGCUACAGACUAGAAAGAAAGUUAACACAUUGAUACUGUGCUACACACUUAAAAAAAAAUAAUACGUACCACAACACAACAAGAAAAAUUUACAGACUUUGUGCUUCUGUUUUAGUAUCUUAUAAGAACUAUGGAAGUGAAAAAGGUUACGUUAAUGUGGAUUGCUGUUUCUGCAGUGCAGUUAGUAGGUUUCUUACUGUCACUGGUAGGUUACGCUUCAAAUUUUAUUGUGUCCCUCAAUGGGAACCGCGACCUGGCCCACACUGGGAUAUGGAAAGAAUGCCAUGUUCUUAAAGACGAGACGACCCUGUGUAAUAAUAUUGCUGACUUUACGGAAUGGAAUCACUGGACUAGAGUUUGGGUUGACGCCAGCAGGGGGAUGAUGACCAUCUCUUUCAUUUGUCAGUUGCUGACCAUCUUGCUGACCACAACGGCACUGCGCUGUACGCCAACAAAGUAUAUGUGUUGGGUCAGUUCCAUCUUGGCCGGCUUCUCGGUUCUGAAUGGAAUUAUUGGAGUAGCUGUGGCAGCUGGACAAGGCAGCAGUUUUAUGGAGGAUACAUUUAAGGGUUUGAAGUUUAGUGUUGACUGGUCGUUCACCUUGUUCAUAAUAGGACAGUGCAUAUUCCUCCUAGCCUGCAUCUGGCACUAUUUAGACUCACGGAGCAAGUCCUAAUGGAAACUUAGAGAAUUUGGGUUAGGGUUUUUAUGUAAAUACAUUGGAAUUCGCAUAAUUCGAAGCCUUAUAUAGGAAGAAUUAUCAGUUUGAUUUUCACUUCGACAAGGGAAGUAAACGAAUAAAUUAAAUUUUCUACACACUUACCUCCCUUGUAAGUAGUCAUUAAGUUUGAGAUUAGUUUGAAUUGAAGUUUGUUUGUUUUUUAUUUGUGAAAGUAUUCACCAAAAUAGGAUUAGUCAAUAAUUACUAUUAGCUAACAUUCUCUUCAUGGGUGGAAGAUAGAACGGGGAAAUUGUUGGUCAAAAACUGGAAGUCUGUGAAUUCCCGAAACUGGCAGAAAGUUCUUUCAGUCAAAUAUUCAUCAGGCAAUGUGCACUGUGUUGUUAUAGAGGGAUGUUAGAACUUACAAAUUUCAUUCUAGAACAGAAAACACAAAUAACUUGCAAUAGAACAACGAAAAGGGCAACACUGCCAAUUAGUGCCAAUACAAGCAAUUGAAGAAAACAAAAAAAAAAUACAUAUAUAUGAAGGCCUAUUUCAAUUUAAAAAAUGAUUCUUUGAAAUAAAAUCGGAUAGGAUCGGCUGGGAUCUGAUCAGAUCGUUUCUGUGUAGAGUAGAUAGGAUCCUAUCGGAUCGGAGAAAUCAGAUCAGGUCGUCGUUGAAAUAAUACAAGUCUAGUAUGGAGAUAAAACCCAAGCCAUUCACGUGACUAGAGAAAUAAAUGUGUCUAGAUUAGAUUCCAUCUAGUGAAAUAUGUGUCUAGAUUAGAUUCCAUCUAGUGAAAUAUGUGACUAGAUUAGAUCCCAUCUAGUGAAAUAUGUGUCCAGGUUAGAUCUCAUAUAGUAAAAUAUGUGUAUAGAUUAGAUUCCAUCUUGUGAACAAUGGGUCUAGAUUAGAUUUCAUCUAUUGAAAUGUAUGUCUAUGUUAGAUUCCAUCUAGUAAAAUAGGUGUCUAGGUUAGAUCUAAUCCAUUUGUGUCUAUGUUAUAUUCCAACCAGUGAAAUGUCUGUUUAGAUUAUAUUCCAUCUAGUGAAAUAUGUGUCUAGGUUACAUUCCAUAUAUUGAAAUGUAUGUCUAAGUUAGAUUCCAUCUAGUGAAAUAGGUGUCUAAAUUAGAUUCCAUCUAGUGAGAUAUGUGUCUAAAUUAAAUUCCAAAUAUAUAGUGAAAUAUGUGUCUAGAUUAGAUUCCUAGUGAAAUAUGUGUCUAAAUUAAAUUCUAUAUACUGAAAUAUGUGUCUAGAUUAAAUUCCAUAUAGUGAAAUAUGUGUAUAAAUUAGAUUCCAUCUAGUAAAAUAGGUUUCUAAUUUGAUUACAUCCAUUGAACUAUGUAAAGAUUCGAUCCCAUCCAGUCAAAUGUGUUUACAUUAGAUCCCAUCCAGUGAAAUUUGUUUACAGUAGAUCUCAUCCAGUGAACUAUAUGUCAUGCUUCACAGAUAAUAAUCAGUUUUGGUAGAAAAUAGGUAAUCUUUAAGUUGUAGCUUUGGUCCUGAGAUAGAUUUUACAUGGUAGUGGUGCAUAAUCUAUGGCCCAUGGACCAUUUCCGACACUUAACACGGUGCUAUACGCCUCUCAGUAAUAUCUUCCAACAGUACAUAAUGAAGCUUCCGAGGCUGGGGUCAAAUGGACUUGAAACAAAGCCACAGAGGCUCAGUUCCAACGGACUGGACAUGUAGCUUCAGAGGCUCGGUUUCAAUGAACUGGACAUGUAGCUUUAGAGGCUCGGUUUCAAUGAACUGGACAUGAAGCCUCAGAGGCUCGGUUUCAAUGAACUGGACAUGAAGCAUCAGAAGCUCGGUUCCAAUGAACUGGACAUGAAGCCUCAGAGGCUCGGUUUCAAUGAGCUGGACAUGAAGCCUCAGAGGCUCGGUUUCAAUGAGCUGGACAGGAAGCCCCAGAGGCUAGGUUCCAAUGAACUGGACAUGAAGCCUCAGAGGCUCGGUUUCAAUGAACUGGACAUGAAGCAUCAGAGGCUCGGUUCCAAUGAACUGGACAUGAAGCCCCAGAGGCUCGGUUCCAAUGAACUGGACAUGAAGCCCCAGAGGCUCGGUUCCAAUGAACUGGACAUGAAGCCUCAGAGGCUCGGUUUCAAUGAACUGGACAUGAAGCAUCAGAAGCUCAGUUUCAAUGAACUGGACAUGAAGCAUCAGAAGCUCGGUUUCGAUGAGCUGGACAUGAAGCAUCAGAGGCUCGGUUUCAAUGAACUGGACAUGAAGCCUCAGAGGCUCGGUUUCAAUGAACUGGACAUGAAGCAUCAGAAGCUCGGUUCCAAUGAACUGGACAUGAAGCCUCAGAGGCUCGGUUGCAAUGAGCUGGACAUGAAGCCUCAGAGGCUCGGUUUCAAUGAGCUGGACAGGAAGCCUCAGAGGCUCGGUUUCAAUGAGCUGGACAGGAAGCCCCAGAGUCUAGGUUCCAAUGAACUGGACAUGAAGCCUCAGAGGCUCGGUUUCAAUGAACUGGACAUGAAGCCUCAGAGGCUCGGUUCCAAUGAACUGGACAUGAAGCCCCAGAGGCUCGGUUCCAAUGAACUGGACAUGAAGCCUCAGAGGCUCGGUUUCAACGGACUAGACAACGUUUUGCUGCGAUGCGGAACGAGAUAAUAGUGUCGGUAACGUACGUAACUCUUAGUCUGGAUACAGUUCGGCACCAAGAUUUUACGACAGGGGGUUAUCAACCUGUGGGUCGCGACCCCCCUAGGGGGGGUCAAUUGACGAUUUGCCAGGGGUCGCCAAAGACCAUCGAAAAAAAUGGAUUGUUUUGUCUAUACUUCUAUUGCUGUAUGUGUGAGCGGAUGGGGGGGGGGGGGUCGCGGUAGAGUGGGGGAUUGUAAAAAGGGGUCGCCGAGCUUAAAAGGUUGAGAACCGCUGCUUAACGACAAUACAAGUAUAACACAGAAGAAAUCAAGUCUAUAUUGCUAAUGCAUCUGUGUGAAAAAUGUGAUAGACUGAAGGCAUAUUUACACUUAGUUUAUCAGUGCCGGAUAUUAGUAGGUGGAGUCAUUGGGCAUUAUUUCUGAAGAGGCCACUACCCUCUUCAAGUUUCAGUAUACAUGUCACGAAUAAUAUAAAUAUAUCUAAAAUAAAAUUACGAUAUUCGUGUAGAUAGAAAUAGAAUAAUUAGAUUUAACCUCAUUUUCAUUGGGUUUUUUUUCAUUUUUUAUUAUGCAUAUUUUAUUUUGUUACAUUUUUAAAAUGCCCCAUUUAAAGAUGAGACCCUGGGCGGCUGCUAUGUCUUCCAUUGUUUUGAACAUGUAUAUUAAUAUGUUCUAAAUUCUGUUACUAUAUGCAGAUUAUGCACAAGUGUAAACUUGACUUAUUUCACCAAUAAAUGUAUGCGUUUCAGCAAG